CGUGGGGCGCCUGGGUCGGGGGCUCUGCUGCUGCCGGGGGUCCCGGGGCGGGUCCGGCCGCUCCCCGCUCUGCUCCCGCGGCCCUGGGAAGGCUGUGUGAAGCCCUCCCUGGGCAGCCGGGCAGCAUGGCACUGGGGGGCUUCAAGGGCUCCUGGCUGGCCUUCCACGUGGGCAUCAUGACCGGCUUCAUCAGCACCUUCUACCUGCUCAAUGGCCUGCUCUGGCCACAGCCCCCGGGCCCCGAGAGCCAGACGCCCCACCCUGACGUCUGGGCCGUGCAGCACCCGGCGCUCCUCAGCGCUGGCCACCCGCACCUCUCAGGGGAGGUCAGCACGACUGCGGCCGAGCUGUACAGCAAGGUGCGGAUCCUGUGCUGGGUCAUGACGGGCCCCAGCAACCUGGCGACCAAGGCCCGGCACGUCCAGGCCACGUGGACGCGGCACUGCAACGUGGUGCUGUUCAUGAGCUCGGUGCGGGACGACGACUUCCCCACCGUGGGGCUGGACACCAAGGAAGGCCGGGACCAGCUGUACUGGAAAACCAUCCGGGCCUUCCAGUACGUCCACCAGCACCACCUGGAGCAGGCCGACUGGUUCCUCAAGGCGGACGACGACACCUUCGUGGUGCUGGACAACCUGCGCUGGCUGCUGGCCAACCACACGCCCGAGGAGCCCGUCUACUUCGGGAAGCGCUUCAAGCCCUUCGCCAAGCAGGGCUACAUGAGCGGCGGGGCCGGCUACGUCCUCAGCAAGGAGGCCCUGAGGCGCUUCGUGGAGGGCUUCAGGACCCAGGUGUGCACCCACACCACCUCGGUGGAGGACCUGGCGCUGGGCCAGUGCAUGGAGAAGAUGGGGGUGCGGGCGGGGGACUCCCGGGACACUGCUGGGCGAGAGACUUUCCACCCCUUUGUGCCCGAAUCCCACCUCAUCGGGAAGUUCUCCAGGAGCUUCUGGUACUGGAACUACUGCUACUAUCCCAUCGUGGAGGGCCCCCAGUGCUGCUCCGACCUGGCCAUCUCCUUCCACUACGUGAGCCCCGAGCUUAUGUACACACUGGAGUUCCUGACCUACCACCUGCGUGCCUACGGCUACCGCUACCGCUACCAGCCGCCCCUGCCGGAGAACGCCGCUCGCCUGCUGCAGCGCCAGGCCCGGCCGAAGGCGGCCAACGCCACGCUGCUGGUGCAGGGCACCAAGACGCUGUAGUGGGGCUGGGAGGAGGCGGUCGGUCCGGGAUCGGGGUCUGUGCCUGGUGUGGGGCUGGCACCCUGGGCGAGCCGUGGCCAGGAGCCACGUGGCAGCCCCUGUACUGGCUGAGGGAGGGGGCUGUCUCGGUCUAGCUGCACUAACUGCCCCCCUCGCUGGUAGAGGGGCAGAGGGACCACCCCAUAGAGGGUCCCCUCCAGGGCAGGGGGAGGCCUGGGGUGAGGGGUUCAGCCUCCCGGCCCGUGUCUCCGGUGCCACGCUCCUGCCCCGGCCGCCUCCAACAGACCCUAUCCCGAGGAGAUGCCCGGAGCCCAACUGGUGGCGACUUGGGGGAAGGGGAGGCUGGAGCUACAUUUGGUGGUGAGGGAGGGUCCUCGCUGCCUCCCCUCCCCCCACCGUCAAUAGGGCAGGGUCACAAGGCACAGGGGAGAUGAGGCAGGUGGCCACUGAGGGGCCUUUGGGGCUCUGUCUGAUGGGUGCUUCCAGGAGGGGGCGAGUCUGGCUCCGUCCAUGGAAGGCUUUAUAAUGGGGGCAGCAGCCAUCUCCCCCCGCUGCCCAGGGGGGCCUGAAGGGUGUGAGGUCUGCGGAAGGCACAUGGGGGGGAAAGGAAGGGGGGCCCUGAGGCUGAUCAGCGCCAGACAGGACAGGUUCCCUGCACCCACUUUGUGGCUGGGGUCAGAAUCCAGAAUCUGGGUGUUUGCUCUGGUCCCCCCCCGGCCCCGGGCUGAGAUGUUUGCACAGCAGGGCCUGAGCUGGAUGCUUCUUGGCCAGGGGCCUGGGCGCCAGCCGGAGCAGGGCAGCCUUCGCGCCAGAGAUUAACCCCUUCCCUCCCAGAGUCGAGUCCCCCUGCGCUCUGCAAUGUGGGGGUGACGUCCUGGCCCGAAUGCAGCUGGCUCUGUGGGACGCACUCCACAGGCGUUAUGAAAAGAUGAGGGUGACUAUGAGGUCACUGGAAUACACUUUAGGCAUAAGGUCUCUUGUAAGGUAUCGUUACGAAGCUUAUGUCAUGGACUCACAGGAUGUGCCCACUCUUGGCCCUGUGCGGUCCGUGGGGGGCAACCCCCUUCAGUGACACAGCCCACUUGCUCUGCACCCCCGGGGCCUCCACUCCCAGAGGGAAUAACGCCCCUGAUCUCUAGACCGGAGCGACUCUCAGCCAGCAUAACACA